CCUUGUGGAAUCGAUUCCAUUUCAUUUUCAUCUGAUAGUUAAGAACAGAGCCCUCGUCUUGUGUAAGUCGAUCUAGUCCCCAAACUCUUUGCUUCUAUGGGAAGAAAGCCAGUGGUUUCUUCUUAUGCUCUGUUUUUAGUUGCCCUGCUUCAAUGUAGAUUCUUGGCUUUUGCAAUUUUAGACCCCCUUGAUUUUUUAUCUUUACAAUUAAUAAGAAAGUCUCUCAAUGAUUUUCCGGGUUCUAAUUUUCUUGCCUCCUGGGAUUUUACCUCCGAUCCUUGUAACUUCACUGGAGUUUACUGUGAAUCCGAUAAGGUAAUAGCUCUUAAUCUGGGUGAUCAGCGUGCUGGUUUUCCCGGAUUAACCGGAAGGAUAGACCCGGCCAUCGGUAAACUAUCAGCACUUACGGAGUUUUCCCUUGUUCCUGGUGGGGUCUUCGGGUCGUUGCCGCGUUCAUUCUCGCAGUUGAAGAACCUUCGGGUUCUUGCCAUCACCCGGAAUUUCAUCUCCGGUAAUAUUCCGGCCAGUCUUGGCCGAUUGAGUAGCCUUAAAACGCUUGAUCUUAGCUACAAUCGACUCACCGGUAGAAUCCCUCGUUCCAUCGGCACCCUACCGGAGUUAACCAAUCUUAUUUUCUGUCACAACAACCUCUCCGGUUCGGUCCCUCCGUUUCUCUCCCAAGCCCUAACCCGGUUGGACCUCAAACGCAAUGCGCUCACCGGCUCGCUCCCCGACUCCUUCCCUCCUUCUCUCCAGUUCCUCUCUCUCUCCUGGAACCAGCUGAAGGGACCGGUGGACGGUGCUCUAUCCCAGCUCGACCAGUUAAACUUCGUAGACUUGAGUUUUAACCGUUUUACCGGUUCAAUUCCCGUCCGGUUGUUCUCAUUUCCUAUCACAAACCUUCACUUGCAGAGAAACUCGUUUGACGGUCCAGUCCAACCGUCUUAUCAGGUGACAAUCUCGACAGUCGAUCUGAGCCACAACAUGCUUUCCGGUCAGAUAUCACCAAUGUUCUCGACGGUGCAGAAUCUUUACUUGAAUCACAACCGGUUCACUGGUCAAGUCCCGGUCAGCUUGGUCGACCGUUUGUUAUCCGCCAGCUUACAAACACUUUAUUUGCAGCAUAAUUAUUUGACCGGAAUCAAGAUUAAUCCAAUGGCGUUGAUCCCUCGAAGCAGUUCCCUGUGUAUACAGUAUAACUGUAUGGUGCCGCCCGUACAGACGCCCUGCCCGUUGAAAGGGGAGACAGAGAAGACGAGGCCUACUGCUCUCUGCAAUGAAUGGAAAGGCUAGAUCUGUAAUUUACAUUGCUAUGUGGAUGUACUUUGGGAAGAAAUUAUUUAUUUAUUUAUUUAUUUUUAUGGGUAGAUGAAAAAUUGGC